AUGGCCGAGCAGCAGAAGCAGGAGCAGGCGAAGGUGGUGGAGGAGGUGGGGCUCACCGGUGGUGCCGCGCCGCAGAGGGAGCACCUUACCCUGGACUCGGCCCGGCGGGUGAUGCUGCGGCCGGUGCGGCCCGACGAGGACGUCGACGAGCUCUUCGCCGCCGGCCACCCGCCCGGCGUCAACCUGUGGGAGCUGACGCCGCGCGGACCCUUCAAGGACACCACCGAGUUCCGCGAGUACCUCACGUCGCUGAUGGGUGAGGAGACGGUGGGGCUCACGAUCAUCAACAAGGCCACCGGGGAGAAGGUGGGCAUCAUCACCUAUCUCUCGAUCGCGCCUGCCCAUCGACGCAUCGAAAUCGGCGGACUCUGGUGUACGCCCAAGUACCAGCGAACGUACGUCAACACUGAGGCGUGCUACCUGGCGAUCAAGCACGCCUUUGAGCACCUCGGCUAUCGCCGCGUCGAAUGGAAGUGUGACACGAAGAACGACAAGUCGAAGGCGGCGGCGGCGAGGCUGGGCUUCACGUUUGAGGGCGUGUUCCGCAAGCACAUGAUCAACAAGGGCAUCAACCGCGACACAGCCUACUUCUCCAUCACCGACGACGAGUGGCCCGCCGUCAAGGCCAAGCUGGAGACCCGCAUCUUUUCUGAUGUCUACCCUUCCUCCUCGUCCGCCUGA